GAAGAGCUUGCCUUUUCGCACGGUAGUCGCCUUCUUGGAGUCACAGGAGUGAGCCGCGCCGGGGCUCUGGGAAUAAGAUGGCGGGGAAAAAGAAUGUCCUAUCGUCUCUGGCAGUUUACGCAGAAGAUUCAGAGCCCGAGUCUGAUGGCGAGGCUGGAGUCGAAGGAGUGGGCAGUGCAGCUGAGGAGAAAGGUGGAUUGGUAUCUGACGCCUACGGAGAGGAUGACUUUUCUCGCCUAGGGGGUGAUGAAGAUGGUUAUGAAGAGGAAGAGGACGAGAACAGCAAACAGUCGGAAGAUGACGAUUCAGAGACUGAAAAACCUGAGGCUGAUGACCCAAAGGAUAACACAGAAGUAGAGAAGCGAGAUCCCCAGGAAUUAGUUGCUUCUUUUUCUGAAAGAGUUCGGAACAUGUCACCUGAUGAAAUCAAGAUCCCACCAGAGCCCCCUGGAAGGUGCUCAAAUCACUUACAGGACAAGAUCCAGAAGCUUUAUGAGCGUAAGAUAAAGGAGGGAAUGGAUAUGAAUUACAUUAUCCAAAGGAAGAAGGAGUUUCGGAAUCCCAGCAUCUACGAGAAGCUGAUCCAGUUCUGUGCCAUCGAUGAGCUUGGCACCAACUACCCAAAGGAUAUGUUUGACCCCCAUGGCUGGUCUGAGGACUCCUACUAUGAGGCAUUAGCCAAGGCCCAGAAGAUCGAGAUGGACAAACUGGAAAAGGCCAAAAAGGAGCGAACCAAAAUUGAGUUUGUGACGGGCACCAAGAAGGGCACCACAACCAACGCCACGGCCCCGACCACCACUACGGCCAGCACCCCCCCCGGCCGCCCCCGCCGUGGCAGAUGCCCAAAAGAGAAAGAGCAAGUGGGACUCAGCGAUCCCGGUGACGACGAUAGCCCAGCCCACCAUCCUCACCACCACGGCAACCCUGCCCGCCGUCGUCACAGUCACCACCAGUGCCAGCGGCUCCAAGACCACCGUCAUCUCUGCCGUGGGCACGAUCGUGAAGAAGGCCAAGCAGUGAGUGGCCUCAGGUCGCCGAGGGCCUUGGGACCUGCAGGACCGUGUGGCCCAGUGGCAACUGCCCACUGGGAGGAGCCACUCUGUACAUUUCAGGACUGGGACCUGCUCCCCAGGUGGCAGCUAAGAGGCACCUCUGUGGCAUUCCAGCCAGAAGGACAUCGCUGCAGAGGAGGGGCGCUGCGAUGGGGCCUGCCACCCCAUUAAGUGUGCCGUGUUCCCACAUCCUGGUACCUUACCGCACGGGGCUCCCCUGUGGUCUCUUUUCAGGCAGAUGCAAAAGCUCAGGUGCCCUCUCUGUCAGGACUGGGAUUACUCGCCUGGGGUUGGCAGUGGGCUAACGGGCUUGUGGCCCUGCCCAAGUGAUGCCUGUUGGCAUGGGCGGGGUGAGCCCCGUGUUUCUGCCAUCUGCUACCCUGGCCCCGAAACCCAGCUGGUUCUCAGGCAAGAGCGGAGGCCUCUGCUCCUUUGGGUGCCGUGGAGCACACCCAAGACUGCUUGGUGGACACACCGGGCUUUGGAAGUCCGCCAGUGACCAUGGCUGGGGUGAGAGCCUUGACACACAUAGGCAAGGAGAGGUGUCGGCACUUGGCCGAAGCUGCCCUGUCCUUCAGUGCCCAGCAAGGCAGUGGGCAGGACCUGAGCAGUGGGGGGAUGAGUCACCCGCUCCAGCCAACAGCAGCUCAUUGUUUACGGGGACCUGUGCCUGGGAGGGCUCAUGGCACCCCACCCUUCCUCUGUGUGUUAUCUCUGCCCCACAGCAGUCCUGGGCAGCGCUGGUGGCCACCAGGUUCCUCUUGGGGCCAAAGCAGGCUUCCCAGCCACUGCCAGCUGAGUCCAGAGGGGGCCGUCCACCAUCCUCGCCCUUGGCAGCUCUCCCUGCCCUCUGCGUGGAAGGAAGGGCUGAGUGUCGGGAGAGGAAGCCAGGCCGUGAAGGCUGCAGGGCUGCCGGGAGGGUGGGCUUGAAGUUGCACCUGCACUGUUGAGGCACAACCAGACGGAUGUGGUGGACUCUGUCCUUGGCAUCCCCAGAUGAGGGGUGUCACACUUGCACCACCACACACACUCACACUCCUCCGUGACGGGUCUUUGCAGCCCUGGGAGAAGAGCUUCCUGCCCUGCAGCCUCCACCAGGGCCCCUCUCUCCUCACUAGCCGGGAGCAUGGGAGCCUUUGUAGGCGGCGGUGUGGCUCAGUGGGAAGAGCAACACACUAUGUGGUCUUGGGCCCGUGCCCCCGUGAGCCUGUUUCCUUCUCUGUCAAAUCAUGGCAAUAAAGUGUCAGAAGGCGGUUGUGAGCAA